CCGACUCCGACCCGGCCAGCCAGAGCUGGACUGGACUGGCCAGCAUGUGUGCCGAGCCGCCGCCGGAAGCUGUCUCUCCUGUGCUACCCGCUUCCGUGGCCGCCCUGUCGGCCGCCGCCGGCCUGCAGCAGCUGGCCGCCCAGCACCGGCCGGCACUGCCGACACCUUCCCGGCUGCUCUCCUGGAACGACACGCUCUCCUUUUAUCAGACGCUGCUGGCCGGCAAGGCGUCGGCCGCCGCGCAGCAGGAGCCGGCCGCCCUUCCGGCCGAUGACCAGCCGCUGGACCUCAGCUGCUCGCGACAGUCGCCCCCGGCGGCGACCAACAGUCGGCCAGCCCGUAAGCAGGAGGCGCCACCGUCAAACAAGAAGCCGUACACGGAGGAGGAGCUGCAGGCGGCUCUGCGCGACAUCCAGUCAGGUCGCCUGGGCACGCGGCGCGCCGCUGUCAUCUACGGCAUCCCGCGCUCCACGCUGCGCAACAAGGUGUACCGACUGGCAGCGCAGGAGAAGCGUGCAGAGCUGGCGGCCGACGCGAAGGCGGCGCCCGAGCCGGAGCCGGAGCCGGAACCGCCGGCCGCCGAGCCAGAGCCGGAGCCGGAGCCGGGGCCGCCGUGUCAACUGCUGCAGGCACGCUUGACGCAGCCGGUCGAGCCGGCCAGCCAGCCCAUCCGCGCCGUCAUGAGCUGGAUGUGCAGCAGCGUGCUGCAGCGCGCGCUGCAGACGCGCGAACCGGACGGACCGCGCGCCGACCAGCCGCCCGUCUGGGACGACUUCGUGCGCCGCAUGUCGCACGAGCGCGUGCACGAGGUGCUGGCGCAGCUGCGCGCGGCGGUGGCCGACCCGCCGGCGCCGAUUCCCAGCCCGUCGGCUGAGCUGAGCGACAGCAAGAGCAGCGAUGACGUGGCCUGCCAGCAGUCGCCGUCGCCGGCGCCGGCGCCGGCCGCCCGGAAGCGCAAGCUCGAGCUGACCGAAAACAACAACAACACGGUGGUGGCGGCGCCGCCGGCCAAGACCGCCAAGCCGUCGACCAAGGGCUCGCGGCCCAAACGCGGCAAGUACCGCAACUACAACCGCAGCCACCUGGCCGAGGCCGUGCGCGCCGUGCAGUCGGGCGAGAUGAGCGUGCACCGGGCGGGCAACUUCUACGGCGUGCCGCACUCGACGCUCGAGUACAAGGUGAAGCAGCGCCACCUGGACAGGGCCGGCCGGCGCGAGCGCGCCGCCGACCUCUCCAUCUCGGACAUCACAAACCGCGCGCACACGGCCGGCGGCCAAGUGCUACAGACGACGGAGAGCUCCUAA